AUGGAACGAGCUUUCAGCUCUUGUAGAGGGGGCGCCAGUAGACCUAACUCCGCCACUGGAUUCCCUACAGCCAGUAGACCUAACUCCGCCGCUGGAUUCCCUACAGCCAGUAGACCUAACUACGCUACUGGAUUCCCUACAGCCAGUAGACCUAACUACGCCACUGGAUUCCCUACAGCCAGUAGACCUAACUACGCCACUGAAUUCCCUACAGCAAGUAGACCUAACUCUGCCACUGAAUUCCCCACAGCCAGUAGACCUAACACCGCCGCUGGAUUCCCUACAGCCAGUAGACCUAACUCCGCCGCUGGAUUCCCUACAGCCAGUAUACCUAACUCCGCCACUGGAUUCCCUACAGCCAGUAGACCUAACUCCGCCGCUGGAUUCCCUACAGCCAGUAGACCUAACACCGCCGCUGGAUUCCCUACAGCCAGUAGACCUAACUCCGCCGCUGGAUUCCCUACAGCCAGUAUACCUAACUCCGCCACUGGAUUCCCUACAGCCAGUAGACCUAACUCCGCCGCUGGAUUCCCUACAGCCAGUAGACCUAACUCCGCCACUGGUUUCCCCCACAUACCUGGUGCACAAAAAAACAAAACAAAAGAGAAAUCUCAGGUAACUAGACCUAUCUCAAUGACAUCGAGGGGAAACUCUGAUGGAGCCAAACAGCAAGCCGUGGCGUCACAAGUAUUCUUUGGAAUCUGA